GUGCCUACGUAUUUCCCUCUGCUUCGCCGCUAACGAAACCCUAACCAUUAUCGAAGCAGCCGGCGGCGCCGGGAGCACCCUCCUCCGGGAAGAUACAGAUCUUCGUGAAGGCCCAGGGAUCAAAUUACAGUGAAGUGACUGAAAAGUUGGUUGUUUUUGAAUGGUAGACGAUUGACAGAAAGUGAAGAGAAAGAAGGUAGGAAGUGCCACAAUGAACAAAGAUAAGAUUUUUAAGCUGGCAAAGGGAUUCAGAGGGAGGGCAAAAAACUGCAUCAGAAUAGCGAGAGAGAGGGUGGAGAAAGCACUACAGUACUCCUACAGGGAUCGUCGCAACAAGAAGAGGGACAUGAGGUCCCUCUGGAUUGAGCGCAUUAAUGCUGGCACGCGUUUGCAUGGGGUCAAUUACGGGAACUUCAUGCAUGGAUUGCUGAAGGAGAAUAUUCAGCUGAACAGGAAAGUUCUUUCUGAACUGUCGAUGCAUGAGCCAUAUAGCUUCAAGGCACUCGUCGACGUCUCUCGCACUGCUUUUCCUGGAAACAAGGUCCCUAAGAACCUGAGUUCAUCCUCUUUGGCAUGAUAACUUUGCUCUUCAACUUAGCCUCUGUACCUGUGCUGCCUCAAUAAGAGGAUUCUGACUUUUAAUACUCUUUUUUGGGUUCAUCUGAAAGUAAAUGAUACAGCAUUGAUGCCAAUAUCAGUUCCACUACAGUAAUCUUCUAGUUUUGUAAAACAUUUUAAUAAGAGCUAAACUAAUACUACAACAAUCAUUAUAAUAA